GAUAAAUUAGGGUUUUGCGGAGACACAUAAUAAGAGUGUAAGACCAUAGAACAGAAUCCGUGUUAUUUAUUGUUCACUUUUCACUCCGGCAGAGACGAACAGAGAGGCAGCCAUGGCGAGGAUCAAGGUACACGAGUUGAGGAACAAAUCCAAGACGGAGCUAUUGAACCAAUUGAAGGAUUUGAAAGCAGAGCUUGCCCUCCUCCGCGUCGCUAAGGUUACCGGUGGCGCCCCCAACAAGCUAUCCAAGAUCAAGGUCGUGAGGCUGUCAAUAGCGCAGGUGUUGACGGUGAUUUCGCAGACGCAGAAGGCCGCUUUGAGAGAAGCCUACAAGAAUAAGAAGUAUUUGCCUCUCGAUCUCCGCCCCAAGAAGACUAGAGCCAUCCGUAGACGCCUCACUAAGAACCAGGCAUCUCUAAAGACAGAACGCCAAAAGAAGCGGGAGAUGUAUUUCCCAAUGAGGAAAUAUGCCAUCAAGGUGUAAGAUUGAAUCAACUGAAGAAGGAAUCUGCGGUAUUUGAUUCAUCAAGUUACAAAGGAUGGCUUUCUUUUUUUGAAUUUUGGCUUUAAUAUAGUGUUUGCCUUCUUUAUCCCCAUCAAACUCAGAGAAUGAAUGAAUUUUUGGUAGUCCAGCAUUUCCCAUGUUGGAAUUUGAUUAUGUAACUUGCGAUGAGCUCUCAAGUGCUAAGAUAGAAGUACGAUUUGAUUCACUGUGAUCUUUAGGCUAGACCGACCGACAGGUGAUGGUGUUUCCCUCAAGAAAGAAGGGUUGAUUUGUUCCUGUAAUCAUUCAAAAAAGGAAACACCAAACCAGUCUUUAAAGAUUUUGUUAAGAUUAAUGCA